CAGAAAAGAUGAGAAACAUAAUGAUAAUUGUGUUAAUUGUGGCGAUCAAUGUUGUUUCUGGACACAAGUCGCUUUUAGAAUAUUUGAAAAUGCAGGCAAGCAAUAUGGAGAAAGGAUUAGACUCGGUCAUCAAAGAAGGCAAAUGUGGACAUGCUGUUCAUGGCGGUGUUGCAUUUUCGGCUUACCAGUCAACAUCCAAAAAUUACAAGCAACACGAGACAUGGAUAUAUAACACAGUUCUUGUGAACGAUGCAAAUGCAUACAACAAAGCAACAGGAACCUUUACAACCCCUUCUGAUGGAGUAUAUGUUUUUACAUGGGCAACAUUGACUGAGCCUGGUAAAGCAGCACACCCAUACCUUAGAAUUAAUGGUAAAUAUAAAGGAUGGGCUGCAUUUAACAAUACCCGAACGUCACAGCAAUUCUGGAGUAGCGGUUCGAAUACGAUUGUUGUUCGUCUGAAGAAAGGAGACAAGGUUAACGUGGCUUCCGGGUACCUUGCAGCCUAUGCAAGAGAAAGAUUUUCUUCGUUUUCUGGAUGGAAGAUUUAUUGAAUUUUCUGU